AAAUGCAUGCAACCCUGCUUCUGAAGAGCACAUUCCCAUUUCCAUAUCAAAAACCCCAAGAGGGAUUGACUUUGUACAAGAGAAGUAGCUAGAGACGCACAUGCCGAGAGGGAGAGGAGAAACUGCGGUCAUAUCAUGCACCAAUGCUCUAGCAACGUGUGACCAAGUAGAAUUGGUCUCAUUGGCUACUGGCGACUUAUUUUGAAGAGAUCAACGUCCAAAAAACCGAAGUGUUAAGUAACACGCCGAGCAGUUUCCCUCGCACGCUUCUUCUCCCUCUUCUCCUUGAAUCCUUUAAUUUGCUCCGUUUCUUGGCAGUGGCCAGCCAAUGAUGAUGGGUGGCCAGCAGAGCGCGCUCAACCAGCUGGUGUCGUUUCUCCUCGGGGUUUCGGCGGCGGCCGUGUUGAUCUUCUUCUUCUCGUCGGCCGGCGGCGGCUGGUCGACGACGACGGACUUGUCGAGCUGGGCGAAUGGGACUGUAGCGGCGACGGCCAAGGAGACCAACCUGACGAGCACCGCUGCUCAUGUCGAGGAGAAGGCUAACCUGACGAACAGCCAGGCGGCGGCGGCGGAGGCGGCGAAGGAGGAGGAGGAGAAGGAGCUGGAGAAGCUGCUGGCGGCGGUGGCCGACGAGCACAAGAACAUCAUCAUGACGUCGGUGAACGAGGCGUGGGCGGCGCCGGGGUCGCUGCUGGACCUGUUCCUGGAGGGGUUCCGCGCCGGCGAGGGGAUCGCGCGCUUCGUCGACCACCUCCUCAUCGUGGCGCUCGACGACGGCGCCUUCCGGCGGUGCCGGGACGUGCACCCGCACUGCUACCGCCUCGCCGUCGCCGGCCGCAACUUCACCGACGAGAAGGUGUUCAUGAGCGAGGACUACCUUGACCUGGUCUGGAGCAAGGUCAAGCUGCAGCAGCGGAUCCUCGAGCUCGGAUACAACUUCCUCUUCACGGACGUGGACAUCCUGUGGUUCCGUGACCCGUUCGAGCAGAUGUCGAUGGCGGCGCACAUGGUGACCUCGUCGGACUUCUUCGUCGGCGGCGCCUACAACCCGGCCAACUUCCCCAACACGGGGUUCCUGUACGUGCGGUCGAGCCGCCGCGCGGUGGGGGUGAUGGAGGCGUGGCGCGCCGCGCGGGCGUCGUACCCGGGGAGGCACGAGCAGCAGGUGCUGAACGAGAUCAAGCGGGAGCUGGUGGAGCGGCGCGGCGUGCGGAUCCAGUUCCUGGACACGGCGCACGUCGCCGGGUUCUGCAGCAACACGCGCGACUUCGCCACGCUCUACACCAUGCACGCCAACUGCUGCGUCGGCCUCGGCGCCAAGCUGCACGACCUCCGCAACCUUCUCGAGGAGUGGCGCGCGUACCGGCGGAUGCCCGACGAGCAGCGCCGCCAGGGGCCCGUGCGCUGGAAGGUCCCCGGCAUCUGCAUUCACUGAAGAAAAAAACAAAAGGCGGUUAGCUUGUUAGUGUAGAUGGGUGUUUUUCACGAACACGUAAAAAGAUUGUACGUGUAUAUUCACUGCCACGCGUGCUGUGAGGAAGACGGAUGGAAAAGAGGAGGGGCGGGGGGUCUAUACGUGUUCUUAAAUUAGUUCGGUGUUGCAUUAUCAAUUGUUUGCCUGGCCAGGUGUAUAACUGAGCUGAGAUAUAUAUUCCAAUUGUUUUUUCGGGUACCCAUAAUUAAAAUCCAUGUUGAGAGAUUGAAA